ACCUCACCUGAUCCCCUCCCCCUUCCCUCUCCCGCCGCCUCUGAUUGAGUGGCUCACCUUUCUUCCCCAACCAGCCUCGAGCUUGCAAUCCUCUCCUCCGCCCUCCAAUUCCUCCAGAUUUCGGCUCGGUUCUCUCGAGCUCGAGCAGAUCAGCCUCCUCCGAUCGAAGUUUUGUUCAGUUUCCCCGUCCAAGAACCGCUGCUCUUCUUGGUUGAAGAUCUUGGCGGAAGAUCCAAACCUUUUGUGUUGGGGUUCUCCGGGUUUUCCUGCGCUGGAGGGACGUUUCGUUCUCGCUGGCCAUGGUUUGGCUGGGAAGCAGCAUCUUGAUGCCCAAUCUCUGAGCUUUAUGAAGAUCGCCAGCCACCUGCGCCGCUCCUGCUUCCUCCACUCCUUCUCGGUUGUCUUCCUCUACUGGUUUUAUGUGAUCUCAUAACUUGCCCUCACCCGGAUCCGCCAUUCCCUGUCCUCUCUCCGUCCCCUCUUGCUUCUCCCUCCCUUCUUGCUUUCCUGAAGAAUCGCCGAAUAAUAGCGCUAGCAGCAGCAGCAGCGGUAGAGGAUUUGGUUGUAAGCUAGGCCGGCUCCGUGCGGGAAGAAGAUGUCGUCGUCGUCGCUGUCGCCGGCAGGGAGGACGUCCGGGUCGGACGGCGACUCGGCGGACACGCACCGGCGCGAGAAGCGGCGGCUGUCGAACCGCGAGUCGGCGCGGCGGUCGCGGCUGCGGAAGCAGCAGCACCUGGACGAGCUGGUGCAGGAGGUGGCGCGGCUGCAGGCCGAGAACGCGCGCGUGGCGGCGCGCGCCGCCGACAUCGCGUCGCAGUACGCGCGCGUCGAGCAGGAGAACACGGUGCUCCGGGCGCGCGCCGCCGAGCUCGGCGACCGGCUGCGCUCCGUCAACGAGGUGCUCCGCGUCGUCGAGGAGUUCAGCGGCGUCGCCAUGGACAUCCAGGAGGAGAUGCCGGCCGACGACCCGCUGCUCCGGCCGUGGCAGCUGCCCUACCCCGCCGCCGCCAUGCCCAUCGGCGGCGCGCACAUGCUCCAGUACUGAUGACGAUGAUGCCUCUCCACCAGCCAUGGAGCUUAGUGGUGGUUGGCAAGAAGAAUUGGCUGCACGCACCUGCCCACAUGAUCUCAUCUAUCUACCUGGCUGCUUCGAGAAUUACAUAGGCUCUAUCAGCUGCUGCUGUGUUAGUAAAUCUGUGUUCUUGUUGCUUCAAUAAUUUGUUGCUGUUGUCUGUCAGUCUGUCUGUAAUAGAUGAUGCUCAUCUUUAUGUAAUUUCGUGCUUGAUUUCUGUACUUUCUGUCUUGUGAUGUGAUAAAUAAGUGUUAUAAUUUCCUGCUCCCA